AGUGGUCCGCGCCCCACAGCCGCGACAGCUCGAAGCGCGCGCGCCGCGUCUCUCGAGUUGCGCCUCGCUUCGGAGUUGCGCGUGAGGGAGCGGAGGAGCAGAGGUGCCCGGAGAGGAGAAGAAGCGUGGUGCGGUACUACGGUGUAUGUACGGAGUAAGCGACGAUCGCGCGCGUACCGGAGUACUCUGACUCUCCCGAGGGCGCCACCCAGCGCGAAAGGGGGUCGCGGCGCGAUAACGUUCCCCGCGUUAAAAUCCGGAAAAAGGGCUCGCAGAGUGUGCCCCGUUGAAGAGGGAGCAGCCGCGCAGGAGUGCGUGGUCGCGUCAGUUUUUUUUUCAAGAGUAGUCGUGUUAAUCUCGUGCACCGCGUCGAUCGUUACUCGGGCCGCGCCGGUGGAUGCACCGCCGCGGAAGGAGAGCGCCACGGCUCCCGUGGGGACUUGCGGGUGAAAGUGCCCGGAGCGGAAGUGCGCGCGGGGGGGACCCGCGUUCGCCUGUCGCCUCUGACACGGGGUCGUCGUAGUUCCAGUGAUCGUCGACGUCCAGGUUGCCGGUCCCAGUGUGAGCGGUGGACUGAAUGGUGUAAUCCGACGAGCGAGACGCGAGUCGCGUAGAAGGUUGACACGCCGCUCGAAUUUCGCGGUCGCUCCUACGACGAAUCCGGAUAUUAUACCUGGCCUGUGCUCCUCGUUUGCUUUAGAGCGGGAGCGCGGUGGUUAGGUGAUUCCUGCCGAGGUGAUUUCCGGGGUGGAGGUUGCAUACCGUAUAACCGGGGAGUGUCGCAGGUGCGGAGGAACUCGGUUCGCGGGGGAGGGAAGGUGGCGUAUAUAUCGGGGGCGGGGGGGUGAGGGAAGGUGUGUGUCCUUGCACUCCUGCGCAACACCGAAGCACCGGAGGAGAGACCUGGUCGGGAGGAGCCGUACACUUGGUGGCGCACACGGGGAACGCUGUAGCACCUGGCUGACGGACAGCUUGGUAUCAACACUGAUGCUCUAGUAAAGGUACCCGGCGUACUAAGAGAGAGAGAGAGAGCGAGAGAGAGGCUAGAGAGCAGGAGAGCAGUACAAAUAGGAGCAGACAAAAGAGCAGGAUGUGGCGCGCACGAGUCGUCGUCUUCCUACUAGCAAUCACUUCCGUCAUCUAUGCCAAGGUGGCCGUGUUGCCGCACGAUGUCUACCCCGGUUACGAGGUGACGCAAUUCCGGCGCGAUGCAAGUCGCGCCUCUAAUUUCCGUCUUCUGGAGACCGGUUUCUCCAAGUACUUCACCGUGCUGGGCAACGGCCUGGUGAUGACGACGUCGGACCUGACGCCGCUGGUGGAUCGUCCAGUGAACCUGAUCGUUCUGGAGGAACUGGCCAACGGCACGCAGACUCACGACCUUCACCUGUACGUCAUCAAUCGCCGGAACAUGCUGACCUUCUCGCAUGACCGUCUGGGUGAGGGUGAAGUACCAGAGAACUCACCGGUUGGAACGCGGAUAGACGGUUUUCCGGUUCUGCGAGCACACGGCAGCUUUCCGGUUCACUAUAAAAUCCUGGCGGACGAUGACGGAGAACGUCCCUUCGCCCUUCGAGAGAGCGAAUCCAACAACACCGGUUUCAAUCUCACUCUGAAGAGUCAGAUGCAGGGCGUCAGGGUGGUCACCGCGAAACCUCUAGAUCGCGAGAUUCGCGGUGUCUACACCGUCGUGAUACACGCGUCGGAUGGUAAUUUCCUCAGCACUUCGAAAAUCAGUGGUAUCGUUCACGUGCUCGAUCAAAACGACAACAGUCCCAUUUUCGAACGCGAGCUGUACAUUUUUGAGAUCAGACCGACCAACUUGGACACCAUGCGCAAAGGUAACGUGGCGCAGCCCGGUUGGAAGAGGUUCUCCACCGUGGGGAAAGUCACGGCCAAGGACGCCGAUGGGGACAAGGUCGCGUACAAGUUGGUCACGCCUAGUAGCCUACUGAUCGUCGUACCGCAGACCGGUGAAUUGCUGCUGGCCGGCGAGCCGGAAGUUAAUCCGGACCAAGUUAAUCCGGACCAGGACAGCGCGUGCGAGUUGGUCGUUGAAGCGCACGACUUACGCAUGCCGAGCCGCAGCACAGAAAAACCGGCCAAGGUUAUCGUGAGGUUCCUUACCUCAGAACCGGACGACCCACCGGAAGUGCAUCGUAUACAGAAAAGGAGAGUCACCAGAGCGGUGCGACCGACGAAGAAAGUUGACUUCACAGAAGCAGACGGAAAUAUCGAGGGCAAGAUCGCGUUUUACCUAGAGAAGGAAAACGAAAAGGAGACUUACAAGAUAAGAGACGAAAACAAGUGGGUCACCGUGGGCGCCAAUGGCUCUGUGAUGGUCAAACAAAAGUGGGAUUAUGAAGAGCUGGGCCCAGAAAAGACUAUCGAUUUCUGGGUUACCAUUACGAACACAGGUACAGAGCCGUGCGUGCGAUAUCCACCCGGUGUCCCGUGUCCAUAUUACGAUGAUACCGACAAUCAGCGCGUCAUCAUCAACAUGAAGGAUGUGAAUGACGAGCCUCCGUAUUUCAUUAAUCGGCCACUACCGAUGCAAACGGUCGUUCAGCUGAACGCACCGCCGAACACUCACGUGUUCACCCUUCAAGCCAGGGAUCCUGACACCGACCACAACAUCCAUUACUUCAUCGUGCGAGAUCGAACUGGCGGUCGCUUUGAGGUCGACGAGAGAUCAGGGGUGGUGCGUACUCGAGGUACCGACCUCUUUCAGCUGGAUAUGGAGUACGUCCUUUAUGUGAAAGCUGAGGAUCAGAACGGCCGUAUCGACGAGAGGCGUUUCCAGUCGACUCCUGAGGAGAGACUAUCGAUCGUCGGUGGAAAACGCGCACCGCAGUUCUACAUGACGGCGUACGAGGCCGAGAUACCAGAAAACCAGAAGAAAGACUCCGACAUAAUAUCGGUGAAAGCCAAGUCGUUCGCCGAUCGAGAGAUACGCUACACGCUGAAAGCGCAAGGUCAAGGAGCCGCGGGUACAUUCAACAUCGGACCGACUUCCGGAAUUGUGAAACUUGCGAAGGAACUGGAUUUUGAGGAUCUUCGGCAGCCUCACAUUUAUUCUCUGAUAGUGACGGCCACGGAGGACUCUGGUGGUUUCUCAACGUCGGUCGAGCUGACAAUCCGAGUGUCGGACGUGAAUGAUAAUGCCCCUAAAUUUGAGCUGCCGGAUUACCAAGCUCACAAUGUUGACGAGGAUAUCCCGUUGGGCACGAAUAUACUGAAAGUCAAAGCGACUGACGCCGAUUCGGGAACAAAUGCGGAAAUAGAGUAUUUAGUCUCCGACGAUCACUUCAGCGUGGACAACAAUGGUAUCAUUGUCAAUAAUAAGCAGCUCGAUGCGGACAACAAUAAUGCCUACUACGAAUUUAUUGUUACUGCUAAGGAUAAGGGUGAGCCAUCGAAAACUGGCACAGCGACAGUACGAAUAUAUACGAAGAAUAAAAACGACGAGGAGCCAAAGUUCUCUCAGCAGGUUUACACGCCCAACGUCGACGAGAACGCCGGACCGAACACCCUGGUCACCACCGUGGUGGCUUCCGACAAGGACGGCGACAAUGUGCGGUUCCGUUUUGUCGGCGGGAACACUACGUCGGGGCAGUUUGUCAUCGAGGAGAUUACGGGUGUGAUUCGUCUUCACGGGAAGGAGAUUUCGUUAGACAGGGACAAAUACGAGCUGAACGUCACUGCUUUGGACGACGGCGCGUGUUGUCCGAAUGGCGACAAAACCAUUCACACUAGCACCGCGGUUGUCGUGGUCUUUAUAACCGACGUGAACGACAAUAAACCGGUCUUUAAGGAUUGCGGGAUGUAUUAUCCGAAAGUGGAGGAAGGUGCGCCAAAUGGCAGCACGGUCAUUAAAGUGCAGGCGACUGACGAGGACAAAGGUGUCAACGGACAAGUCAAGUAUUCGAUCGUGCAACAGCCUAAUCAGAAGGGUACAAAGUUUACUGUUGAUGAAGAAACCGGUCAGGUCUUAACCAAUAAGGUGUUCGAUCGCGAAGGCGACGAUGGAAAAUUUGUAUCCGUCACCGUUAAGGCGACAGAUCAGGGCGAGCCCUCGUUGGAAGGUGUUUGCUCAUUUACCGUCGAAAUAACCGACGUGAACGACAACCCGCCGUUGUUUGACCGACAGAGGUACGUGGAAAACGUGAAGCAGGAUGCGAGCAUUGGAACAAACAUAUUGAGAGUGUCGGCAUCCGACGAGGAUGCUGAUAACAAUGGUGCGAUCGUAUACUCGCUCAGCUCACCCAACAACGAGCAGAAUCUGGAGUACUUUGAGAUCCAACCAGAGUCUGGUUGGAUCGUGUUAAAGAAGCCCCUAGACCGCGAGACGUACAAGCUGGAGGCGAUGGCCAAAGACAGGGGCUACCCACCCUUGUCGCGAACGGUGGAGGUUCAGAUUGACGUUGUGGACCGUGCGAAUAAUCCGCCCGUAUGGGACCACGUAGUGUAUGGCCCGAUCUACAUUAAAGAGAACAUGGCCGUCGGGGCUAAAGUUGUGUCUAUUAAAGCCAGGUCUGUCACACUGUCAAUGCUCCGUGCGGCUCUCUGCACGAACCCGCCCUGCACGCAAUCUCGUGGCAGUAUUGUUCUUGUGCACGUUAAUUGAUAUUGUGUUCGAAUCCACAUUACACGCAUCUUAACACAACUCAUACACACGAACAUUCGCAGAGGCGGCGCGCGCCACUACUCGCUCGCUCGCUCGCUCGCAAGCAUACGCAGACACACUUAUGUUCGCAUAAUAGGGUCGUGGCUCGUGGAAGACACGAUCAGGGAUCGUGGAGAAUACUGGAGGAUCUUCCGAGGCGCAGGACGUGGACACUAGAGCGAUGGUUCUUGGUGAAAACUUGGGGACUCAGAUUAGCAACGGAUUAAGUAACGUAAAGAGAAAGUUCAAGUAUAUCGAGGUAUCUCCAUUGAGUUGUAUAAUAGAAUUAACAGACAAAGAAAUAACAACACCUCGCUUCCCGUGAAAACAAAAUAACGAUCAGAAGAAUUAGCAAAAGUCGAUAAAAGCAACUAGAUUCCUUAUAUUGAUUGUUACUAUCGCGAUUAUCAACAGCAAGCAAAACAUUUUUUCUAUUUUCAAGAUAGCUACUAAAUUCUUCGAAACACUGCGUAGGAACCAUCGCUUCCGAUUCAGAGCAACUCUCGUUCGAAAAUAAAACUUUUGCAUUCAUACGGAAAAAAAACACGCGAGACGCAUUUACACAGAUUAGGGCACAUCGAUACAUGCAUUCGUAGGCGCGGUGCACGAUACAUAUAUACAUGACAUGUUCGCGAGAUGCCGGCCUCGUUAGCGUUGCCGUUUUAUCUUUUUCAGUUUAAACGCGAACGCACUUGCGAAUAAUACGAUUAUGUAGACUCCGUUGAGCGGAUCAUGUUCUUGAAGCGUUUUGCUGCAUCUCGACACGCAGGUACAAAGAUGUUUUCAUUUUUUUUUUCCGCGAGUGCUUUAAUCAAUUCCCCAGCGAGGUUUAAUUUCAUUUUACCACGACACCAGUAAAGCGUAUCUCAUGUAUACUAAAAUGGAAUAACGACGCAAAGGCUUUUCAUCCGCAGGCUUUUCGUGCCUCGCAAUUCGCGGGAAUAUAAGAAACGGGACUGAGGAAGAUCCGUGUCGAGUAUCCGUCUCCGAGGAUUUAUCACUAAAGUGCAAUUCUCCGAACAAAGCGCGAGCCCUAUUGUUACAUAGUAAUCGACACAAGUGGUGCCGUAACUAUAACUACGUUAAAUAUUAAUUAUGCGUCGCCCAUUGUUGCGUGAAAAUUAUUGUUAACUCGCGUGAACGGGAAGAGCAGACACGAUAGUUUUAACGAUCAAGAGAUGUCGAUUGCAAUAGAAUUGGAGGGAGUGUCUCGAAUUUCUCGGACUAAGCGGAUUUUGGUGCUAAAUAACAUUUUCUUCAUCUUUGUAUCAAGUAUUAAAUACAAUUUUGCAAUUCCAUGAAUUAUGUGUCAAUAUUGUCGGACUUAAAAUGCAAUCAUAAACUGAAGCUGAAAUAAUAACUAAAUCAGUCUGAUCGUCAAAUUUAAUAAUGAUGCUAUAUGUUAAAAAGCUGUAAAUAACUUAAUGUAUUUAAGUUAUUUACAGCUUUUUAAUAUAUUUACAAGUAUUUAUAAUUAUGAAAAGAAAGAUACAAAUUGGAAAAAACUGUAUUAUAAUUAAUAUUACGACUUUGAUGGCUAGAUGUUUAAGAUAUAGAUAUACGUAGAGAGAUUUACGUGUUUUAUAUAUUAUACAUCAUAUUUAUUACGUUUCACAAAAAUUGAAGAAAAUAUUUUAUAUUUUAUUUAAAAUUUCCAAAUAUAUGCUUUUGCAAAAAAAUAUUGCUAAUAAGUCACGAUGGAAAUGGUGCGAUAGCAUGUUGGCGGAAAAAUAUAGCUGAACUGGCGCAAAUGCAUCUUUUUGUAGCGGCCACACCAAAAGCUGCGUCGAAAAAAAACGUUAGUAAUGGGUAGUUUGCGCUUGACGUACCGCUUUUAACAGCGGUCUCUCGCGGAGACACAUGGACUUCCGGCGAGAACGAAUUGGCUAAUUACAUACGUACACGCCGCACGAGAGGUGCCAGAUGCAACGGUCACGCGCUUGUCGGUGCAAGAUAGGACGUUUUAUUGUAAAUUCAGUUUACGAGUUCUAUAUACCGCGUCACGCAAAUAUUCCGUUGGCUUAUCUCGCUUAAACACGCGCCAAUUCGAUUCUUCGCUAGUAUAUUAGCAAGGAACACAAUGCCAGCGCAUAAUUCAAAGUAGCAAGCAAAGCCGUAAUCUGAUUCAACUUUUUUUUUUUUGUUUAAAAGAAAGCACGCGUUGCAUGAUGCAAAUUACAUCCUACGAAGGAUAUAAUUUGCACAAGAACACUUUUUUUUUUAAUUCUCCAAUUAUUUUCUACUUACUUCUUUCACUUUUUUCCCGUGACAAGGAUAUGUCAUUGUAUAACUUUAUAAAUGUGAUAGAUUAAUCAUUUUUACGUGGUAUUUAGAACAUAUUCCGUUAAACAAUAAAAAUAUCUUAAAAAGAAUAAACAUCUUUUUUACAGUACAAAUUCUUUUGCAAUUUCUUUGGGUAACGUUCUCAACGUGAUAAACAUUUGUAUUCUUGUUGAGUCAGAUUCAGCCGAACUUGUACAUUCAGGCGAUGUUCUCGCGGUAUCACAAAUUCCACACACCGCUGUUAGUAACGUUAGUGACAUUUCGGAGGAUUAAUUCCGGAGAGUUUACUCGUUAGGACCUUGCUUUAACGACAGCCGGAAAGGGAUGCAGCAAAACGUUUCGUCAUUCGCGUUAGUCCGCCAUUUUCCACGAACUUUCCUCAUCAACGUUGCGCCACGCACGCGAGCCUCAAUGCAAAGAUGUCACCAGCCAUAAUAAUUACACACACACAUACACACACAUCAUGACAUUAUCCGCCGAUUAAUCGCUUCUCUCUCGUCGGGAAUUCGCGGCCCGACAAGAAACGCAUUAACAUUAAUUCGUGCCACACAGCGAGUUUAAGCCGCAACGUUAACGAGCGAUGGGUGUUUUAAGUCACGUGUUUGUUUCUGCGCUGCGAUUCAAUAGCGAUAUUGUAUACUACAGUAAUUGCCAGCUAUUUUGUAUCAUAUGACGAACUCUCGCGCCCGGAAUUAGAACGCAGAACUUUCUGUCUCUCUCUCUCUCUCUCUCUCUCUAUCUAUCUAUCUAUCUAUCUUUCAUACAUUUGUUGUGUGUGCCGUAAACAUAUUUUUGGGCAUGUUUUACGAAUAGAUGCUUCCCUGAAUUAUAUAUUAUUGAUUUUGACCAUUUUGUCGUCUUCUCAUUUCUUUCUCGUUAUAUAGUUUAUCGUUCAUGCGUGCCUCGUUUGUUUUCUCCUCCGUUUGAGUUAUCACACGUUCUUUUCACACCGGAUUGGCUUUUUUCAAAAUUUACUUUGGUCUCGUUUUUCUCGUUGUGUGUGCUCGUGUUGAGACUCCGUCACCCGCGGUGAUCGGAGUCGCGUGAGUCAGUCGAGUAUUAUAUAAUAGUUGCGGCCGCAAAUGAUCGAGCAGUUAUGAUUUUCGUCGAUCCCCCCCCUCCCCUCAGAUGCCUGACUUUGCAGUCGCAGUCGAGCGUAUGUCUCAAGUAUGUCGUAUGUACAUACGUUAUACGUUUAUACUCCGUUCUUGGUUAUUAUCAGUUUGUCCGUUAUCGCUAUCGAUUCACAUCUUGGUUCGUCGCCAGGACAUGCAUACUCAUUCAGUAUUCCAAUCAUCGACAUACGUUUCAUGAAUGCCGUAAUUAAUUUUUGGGCAUGUUUCGUCAGUUGCUUACCUUGCGUUAGGUUAUGACGUGUAAUCACGUUUUUUUUUUCUGGUUUUGUUUUUCGUUUUUUCCCCCUUUUUUCCCCCCUUAUUCUUCGAGAGCGUAGUGUGUUCUCGUAGUGUCUUUUUGUCGGCGAGACCUUUCUUGUGCGCCGUUCGACAGCAAGUUGAGUAACGAUUUAGAUUGAUGAACAUAGCUAGAGCAUCUUUUUGAUUGCUGAAGUCACCGUCUCGUAUCAUAUCGGAACAGUACAGUAGUGAUUAUAUAUCUCUCCAAUUAAAAUUGAGCGAGCAAGAGCAUCUGCUAAUUGACCUGCGACGCUACGUGACGCUCGCGGAUUGAAACGUACCGGCCGGCGAGGAAUUCUUCCUCUUCGUUCCUCUCUUUGCAGAAAGGAAAGAGAGGGGCAUUGUGGAUUCAUGAAACUCGAAAUGAAAACGGUAUUAUUGAUCUCCCACGUCUGGCAAGUGAUCCGACGCAGAUUUUUCCAGUACGAUUUUAUCGCGGGAAAAAAACAUUUCCAUUGAAAAUAAGUCAAAUCUAUCAUCUCCCAUUACAUUUUCAUGUCUAAUUGGGUAUGUAUGACCAGAUAUGCAUCAACGUAAAUACUAUAAUGUCAAAAGAAUUUUCUCUCUCUCUCUCUCUUUUGCAUAGAGAUAAAAUUGUAUUGGAAACAAUUAAUGAUACGCUCGCGUUAGUAUUCGUAAUCACAUAAGUAAACAUACAUACACACACACAUACACAGACAUACUUGCAUCGUCACCACGCACCAAGUGGUUCAGGGGUGGUUAUGCACAGAGAUUGGGUUUGUAAGGUUUCUAACUUUGUCCUUUUUUUUUAAUCAUAACUUAACUACACGUAAUCACACUAUGCGACAGUCUUACUUCUUACAAGCUCGCUUUCUGCCCACAUACUUAACGUAGUUGUACAACAUGUACGUGCACACACUCACACACUCACAAUGCAAACCUUCGGACUAAGGAUCACGCUUAUGAGCUGUACUAUCAUACUAACCGACACUACGGGUGUACACAACCACUCGACACGCAAACGUGAUAUCGUCCGUCAGACGUCGCCCACAGGUAACGAGCAAUUAAAAUCGCCGUACGAGCGUCAUUUGUCAGGGGCACGGGUUGCGCUAUUAUUCUGGCAGUAAUGUAGAAAUUCUCCUAAAUUAACAUUCGGCUUCAAUAGCGCCGCUAACGAGCAAUCGGAAUUAAUCAGAGAAAAAUUGUAUGGCGACGUGAAUUUACUACAAUAUAUAUAUAUAUAUCAUGUGAUAUUAAUAAAGCACAGAAUUAAAUUUUACGGAAAAAUUUUAUGAGAUUUUAUCCAAACGGAGAACAGUCAAUCAAUAUUGACAUUACGAGAUUCCGGGCUUUCAUGUGAGCUAACAUUAACAAUGUGUAAUUUCGCAAGAGUAUUCUUGCGGAGGGUAAACCAACGUGCUUUUUAAAGCAAUGGGCAACCUUUCUACUGUCAGCCCGAUUUCAGCGAAUGAAUUUUUUCACGAACCAUUUGUACAACGUAGUGCAAAAUGUAAAAAAAUCACAGAAAAAUUUAACAAAUAAAAAUUUGAAAGGAUAUUUGUUCGCGAUUCGCAAAAAUCUAUCCGUGUGUAUAUAUAUAUAUAUAUUAGUCUAUUCUAUUCAUUCACAUUGAUUAAUGCUUUACAUUAAUUACAUACUAAUGUUACAUUGUGAGAAACAAUGCAAUUAUGUUCGGUAUAAUCUCAUUUUCACAUACAUAAGACAUGAAAAUAACAGUCGAGAUUAGAGCUAAAUUUAAUUGAUUGAGCGAUCGUAAAUCGCAAAGAUUAGAACAUGUGUUUUCCGGUUGUAUAGAGUACAUGAUAUAAUUGAUUGCAAUUUAUCUUCCGAAGAUGCAGUGUAAUAAAUGGCGGCAUUGUUAGAAUCUUUUGUGUUUAAUGGCAGACUUGAAAUUUGAUCGAGCGUUGCAUCGUCAUAUAUUUCAUGAUAUUAAUCGCGCGUUUCAAAGCUGUUUCGAUUUUGUCGAUAUUAAUGUGUUCUAUAUGCAUUCCGUGUUUUAAACGAAUUUUAAAUGAGUGUUUCAGAACAGUUUUGAUAUUGCAAAAAUUAUCCUUUGAUCGAAAUAAUCUCGCUAUAGAGUGCCCAAUAUCACCGGUCUGAUAAUCGUUCGAACCGUUAUUUAUUAUCUGAUGGGCUACGCACUAUGUCCUAGAUUCUCUGUCUUUCUUUCAACGACAAAUUCUUUGCAGUCGUUUCAACUAUCGCAGCCAUUUCCUUGACAAAAAUUUAAUUGGAAGCCAUUUGAUCUUUUUCUCUUAACAAUAUUCAUAUUAAACGUCUCGAUAACAAAAUUUUUUAAAAAUUUUAUCAAAGCAAAAAUAUGUUGAAAUUGAAAUACAAGAUGUUAGUUUGUGUAUUUACGAUGUAUACAAUUUUUAAGAUAGUUGUUAAUUUUCUCUGUUACUUAAUGCAAUUAAAAACUUGUAACAACUAAAUUGAUUAGCUUUGGGUAGUAUAUUUGCAUUGCAAAACAAAGAAAAAAUACAUUUUAUCGAAAAUGUACGGGCAAAAAAUCAUUUAAUGCAUAUAUUUAUAGUCGUGCAAGUUGUUAAAGUUUUCUUUGAAGCAAAAACGUCUUGAAAUUGAUUGAAAUGUAAGGUUUUAUUUCGUGAGUUUGCGAUAUAUGUAUAUUUAAUUUCAAGAUAGUUAUUUGAUCGUCUAUGUUAUUACUUAACUUAAUUAAAGAGUUUGUAACGGUAAAAUUGACGAACCUUAGAUAAUUUAUUUGCACGUAUUGCAAACACAAAAUUUAAAAGCAAAAGAUCGGAAGUGUAUACAUUUUCAUAUAUUUAUAAUCGCGCAAGCUGAAUUGAGCAUUCGCGUGUGCACUUAAGUUUCGCUAGAAAUUUAUUUUGAAAUUCAAUAUUGACCGUCGGAAUACGGGUCGUCGAACGAUAUGAAAAAACACGUCGUGAUGUACACACACUGCGUAUGAUGAAAAAAAUGGCCGCUUUUCAUAUUCUAUUGCAUUUCGACAAAGUGCCUUCCGCUAGUUUUAAUGAUCAAAAAAA